ACAGUAACACAAAUUAGAGGAAACGCUUCAAGGAACAUCACUUCCUGUUUAAAAAUGGCUGUGCAAGUACGACUUUACGUAAUAUAGAGAACGUUAUUGAGCUUUUACAUAUUCGUUUGACCUCUUUUGCAGCGUAUACAUAAACAUGGUCCGUCUAUCAUCCAUCCUACUGAAGACAUACCAUGGAGGACACAUUGUCAUUAGAUUGGCAAUGGCUGGCCACCAACAGUCUAACAGACCUUUCUACCGCAUUGUGGCAGCUUACAACAAGCGAGCACGAGACGGUAAAUACAUAGAACAGCUAGGAUCUUAUGACCCCCUGCCAAACAUCUACAAUGAGAAACUGGUCAGUUUCAACUCCGACCGGAUCAAGCACUGGAUGGGCUGUGGUGCACAUCCAACGAAGCCUGUGGCCAAACUUUUAGGACUUGCUGGGUUCUUCCCCCUGCAUCCCAUGACGGUAACCGAGGCAGAGCGUCGCAGGGCCCUGGCAGAACAAGCAGAAGGAGCAGCUCCGGAGGAGGGAGUUAAGCAGCAGGAACUAUGAGAGCUGCAGUGUUGGAACGUGUGGGACUGUCAAGCGUAGCAGGAUGUGGGCAAUGUGCACGAAGGACCGCCAUAUAUGUCAUCCCCCUCCCAAAAGGCUGACUGUUUCCAGUGAAAGCCUUUGUUCUAUGUGUAACUAUGGAUAUUCAGAAGCAGUGCUUUUCCUUUUUUAUGGAACCAGUGUAUUCACAUCUUUAUAGCAAUACAUUUGUUUAAUAAACACUUUCUUGUGGUUCACGUUA